AUGAGUGAAAUGAAACUGCGCGAGAGAAUUCGCGCACCAGUUCGCUAUGGUGACAGCGAGGAGUCGGAAAUCUCGUUUCCUCACAGCACCUUGCGAGUGGGACUCGAAAAUGACCUUGAACUGGAUAAUUCGGGCAGACAACGUUCAGUAAAGAGGCGCAAGCCAAUCUCCAAGCCCUUUGACCCAAAUUUGCCUCCUGCUGCGUUCCCUUCACUUGACAGGCCCCGAACCCCAGAAAAUCGUCAGAUUAUCCUCAACUCACCCAUCGGGGGGCCAAACAGUGGUUCUCGACUCCCUCCUGACCCCACUCCCGGUCCAUCUUCUGUGGCUCCCGUUGUCGCAGAAGUAUCUCAACAGAGCCGCAGAGUGACAUGGGGUCCAACAACGCUGGAUUAUAUUCCAGUCAAUGACCUUGAGAAUCAUGUCGUCAGCAACAAUGAUUCAAAUGCUGUUUAUGUGCGCAAUAUGGCGAUGAUGGCGCAGGCAGCCUUGAAAGACGAUAUGGAGACCAGUGAUGAGGAGGAAGAACAUGUGAUGCGCGACAAUGAAGACUGCAUCGAUCCUACCCAAGUGCUUCUCAACAAGAUUCCAAACCCAAAGUGGAACGAAUUGAACAACGCACUUCAGUUAGAGCUUGUGGACACGGCAAUGAAGAGUAUGACUUGGAAUAACGUCUGCAACAAGCUCGAGCUGGGGCCCGAGGAUCGUCAGAAUCUUGUUAAUUGCAUGGAAUCCCGCAACAAGCAAAUUGAACGAGAGAACAAGCGUUUGGAGGUGAUGCGAAACAAACAGCGCAUAGCACUGAUCAACAUGGACAACAGUGAUGCCAAACUUUUUGCUCCGCCGCCUCAGCUAGUGUUGCAACGAAUGAUGCGACAGGCCACGCGAGAAGCGUUGUUGGACCGGACCAUGUACACAGAUUUAAUGCUUUGCACGUCCGGAGAUGUGUUGGCAGCCAGACAAUACUUGCAUCAGCAUGGACUUCCUCGCAAUUGGGUUGGUGACUGGGGUGAUAGCAUGGUCGAGCUACGAGAAUCCCCCGAGGACUCCCAGGACCCGGAUGCGUUUCAAUGGAAAGAGGAACUUACAGUGACUGAACCUUUCAACACGAACAAGCCCUGUGUUAGCCCAGUCGUGCAGGAAAGAGCAGGUUUCAUCGACGGUGUUGGCAUGGGUGGUAAUGGGCUCAUCAACCCGAGGGCACUGCACCGAAACAGUGCUGAGCCGGAUCCCACUGAGGAUUGGCGCAAGUAUUUCAGCCACAUUUAUCCAGACCCUCCCGACUCAGCUGGAAUGAGCACAAAAUCAAACAAGACAGUCCCUGGACACCGAGGAUUAGUCAAACUCAAAGUUGGUCAACAGAUGGCAGCACAAAUCGAACAAUACGAAAGAACCUCUAGCCGUAAUCCAUAUGGACCAAGACUAUCGUCCAUCGCUCAGUCCGCAGCUUUCGAGACUCCAACCAGAGUGCGUCACAAUCCCACUGGUCCCCAGUUCAGUCCCCAAUCCGGUCCCCGGUUCGGUCCCCAUGUCAUGGGCCCUGUGGCCCAUAAACAACGCGUUCGACACACACUUCUGCCAACAAACCCAUUCUCACACAGAACUCCUGUUUUUCGAUCGAACAGCCCCUUCAAUGGUUCCUUCAACGGACCCCUCGGUGGAAACGGGAUCUCCAGAGAUCCCAGCAAUGCAGAGAUUCAAGCACGAUUUAAUCACCGCCUUCAAUCGGCCCGUCUCGACAUGGUAGAAAAUAAAGAACGCUUCCAAGCCCAACGCUAUGACUUCCAACCCAAGCCCCGCCAUUCCGGCGUCAGCACUGGAGGCAAUCCAUACCGCCCAACACAGCCCCGAGCAGUGCAGGCAAUUGCCAAUGCGCAAAGACUGGUUUCCCAGACCGUGCCACAGACAGGUCAAUACGAUGCAUUCUGGUAUGAGUACCAGAGGGCCGAAAGAGCUGGGAAUGUAGCCGGCUCAAUCGACAAAUUUGUCUUCAGUGAUCCAAUCAUCAUGCCAGACGAGUCGGUGAAUGAGCAGGAGGAGAAACAGCCCGAGGAGGAAAAGAAGGAACAGCCCAGCUCCAGUGAACUGAGCUCAAGCCCGCUCACGGAUGAAAUUGGCGAUGAAAUGAUGAUGGUACCCACUGAUUUGUGUUCCCCUGACCUGUAA